AUGACUGAUAAUUUUGUUCAACCUGCAAUUCCUAAGUUUGAUGGAUAUUAUGAUCAUUGGUCUAUGCUUAUGGAAAAUUUCCUACGCUCAAAAGAAUAUUGGGAUUUGGUGGAAACUAGAAUUCCUGUCGCAGUAGAAGGAGUGGAGCUUACUGAAGCACAAGGAAAAUUAUUUGCAGACCAGAAGCUAAAAGAUUUGAAGGUCAAGAAUUAUUUAUUUCAAGCCAUUGAUCGAACUAUUAUGAAAACAAUUCUCAACAAAGACACUGCCAAACACAUUUGGGACUCUAUGAAGCAGAAGUUCGAUUAUGUUGUUUGUUCCAUUGAAAAGUCUAAUAACUUAGACAUCUUAAGUCUUGAUGAGUUGCAAAGUAGCUUAUUGGUCCAUGAGCAGAGGAUGAACAGACAUGGAAACGAUGAGCAAGCAUUAAAGAUGACCUACGAUAAGAUUGGUGAAGAUGCAGCGAGAGGGAGAGCAAUGCAAGAAGUGCGAGAAGAUGUUUGGUUCCUUGACUCGGGGUGUUCUAAUCAUAUGUGUGCACACAAGGAGUGGUUCUCGGAUCUUGAUGAAGAAUUUCGGACUUCUGUGAAGCUCGGGAAUAAUUCCACAAUGACUGUAAUGGGAAAGGGUAACAUCAUGCUGCAAAUUGUUGGAGCUACUCAGAUAUGGGCAUCUAAGUUUCAAGGGUUUAAGAACGUUGCAAUACAAGCAAAUGGAAAGCAACAUAGGAAUGCAAUUCCAAAGAAGAGUUUAUGGAGAGCAUCACAAAGAUUACAGUUGGUACAUGCUGACAUCUGUGGACCCAUCAAUCCUGCUUCCAAUGGCAAGAAAAGGCAACUCACAGCAGCCUACACUCCCCAACAAAAUGGAGUAGCCGAAUGCAAAAAUAGGACAAUCAUGAAUAUGGUUAGAAGUAUGUUAUCGGAAAAGCAAGUUCCAAAGACUUUUUGGCCAGAAGCAGCAAAUUGGGUGGUUCAUAUACUCAAUAGAAGUCCUACAUUGGCGGUAAAAAAUAUGACACCUGAAGAGGCUUGGAGUGGUGUCAAACCAAAUGUUGAAUAUUUCCGGGUUUUUGGAUGCAUUGGUCAUGUUCAUAUAUCAGACAGUAAAAGAAAAAAACUAGAUGAUAAGAGUCUUCGGUGCGUGUUGCUAGGGAUGAGUGAAGAAUCUAAAGUAUAUAGACUAUAUGAUCCAGCAUCCAAGACAAUAAUUGUAAGCAGAGAUAUGAUUUUUGAAGAAAAUGAAUGUUGGGAAUGGAGACGAAAUAAUGAAGAAGCAGGACUUGAUAUACUUGUGCAGGAAGAAACUAAUGUAGAAAGUGCACAUGAUCAAAGUGAAGAAGAAUAUGAAAAUGUAGCAAUUGAAGAAGAAGAAAGAGAGGUCAGUCUAUCUUCAAGUGAGUCACCUGAAGAGAAUCUUCCAGAAAGAAGGCAGAGAAGAAAAUCAUUUUGGAUGGAAGAUUAUGUAAGUAGGGAAGAAUUCUCUGAAGAAGGUGUUGAGCACAACAAUUUGGUUUUGUUUACCUCCACCUCAGUCCAACAACUUUUGAAGAAGCUAUUCAGAGUUCCAAGUGGAAAGUUGCAAUGGAUUUGGAGAUAG